GGAAGAGCGGGGCUGGUAGCGCGGCGCAGAGCAGGGGCCCGGCCGAGGCAGCGGUACGCGGGCCACCAUGGCCACGGACGAGCUGGCCAGCAAGCUGAGCCGGAGGCUGCAGAUGGAGGGCGAAGGCGGCGAGGCGACGGAGCAGCCGGGGCUCAACGGGGCGGCGGCGGCGGCCGAGGCUCCCGACGAGACUGCCCAGGCGUUGGGCAGCGCGGACGACGAGCUGAGCGCCAAGCUGCUGCGGCGCGCGGACCUCAACCAGGGCAUCGGAGAGCCGCAGUCGCCCAGCCGCCGCGUCUUCAACCCCUACACCGAGUUCAAGGAGUUCUCCAGGAAACAGAUCAAAGACAUGGAGAAGAUGUUCAAGCAGUAUGAUGCCGGCAGGGAUGGCUUCAUCGACCUGAUGGAACUGAAACUCAUGAUGGAGAAACUGGGGGCCCCGCAGACGCACCUGGGCCUGAAGAGUAUGAUCCAGGAGGUGGACGAGGAUUUUGACAGCAAACUCAGCUUCCGGGAGUUCCUUCUGAUCUUCCGCAAGGCAGCAGCAGGAGAAUUGCAGGAAGACAGCGGCUUGCACGUCUUGGCCCGCCUUUCCGAGAUUGAUGUCUCCACAGAAGGCGUCAAGGGUGCCAAGAACUUCUUCGAGGCCAAGGUCCAGGCCAUCAACGUGUCCAGCCGCUUUGAGGAAGAGAUCAAAGCCGAGCAAGAAGAACGGAAGAAGCAGGCUGAGGAGGUGAAGCAGCGGAAAGCAGCCUUUAAGGAGCUGCAGUCCACAUUCAAGUAGCCAGCACUGAGGCCACGCCCAGGCCACGCCCCGGCCACGCCCCGUGUGCGGUCUGGGGGCACGGGUGGGUACAGGGGACCUGUGAGAGACUAGCUCCCAGGUCCUGGUCUCUGUGCCCGGACCACUACUAAAACGCAAACUCUAUGUGACCGGCUCUCGUUCAGGAGUCUCCUCAGUGUCUGGUCCAGGCCCUGCUCCCUCCCUCCCGCACUUCAUGCGGCUGUGACGCCAGCCACCAGCAUCCUCUCUGGCCAUCCCUACGUGUCUUGUUCUCUGGCCACCCUGCUGCCUGCUCCAGGCCAACCUCAGCCCGUUCACACCCCUGCCUUUGGUACCAGCUACUUUCUCCACCCACUCACCUACCUUGAACUAUAGGCUGCCCUGCUAUGGUCUAGCAGAGAGUGAGACUCUCCCCGGGAUUCUUCCUUUCGGAGCAGGCCUCAUCUCUACUGGAAGUGGAGGGACUCUUAUGUUAGUGAGGAAAUCCAGGGACUCUUAUGUUAGUGAGGAGAUCCAGGCCCUAGCACUCUAAGCUGAUUUAAAUGGGGCCCAGCCAGGCAGGGUGAAGGCCACUGUGCGAAUCUACCUCACAGGCUACACUCUGCCAGGCAUGCCUUGAGGACAUAAGUGAUAGGGUUCUGUGGGGAGGGCCAGAAAUGUCACCCUCUGACACCCUACUCCCGCAGCAAGCUGAGGGUCCCAAGGGGUCGUGGAGAGAGGGGUGGGGUUCCUAAGGGAUUGGCUUUUUCAGGGUGGACCUCAGCACUCUGCCUUGAUUCCCCCCCCAAGGAGUGCCUGAUGUGUUUGUGUGCACUGGUAAUAGGACACGGGGCGGGCACCCCUUUCACACUAUCCUUCCUUGGAUCUGUCACCAGUGAUGGCACCAGCCUGUCGUGCCCACCCGUAGAUCCCAUGGGGACACCCCCCCCUCAAUCCCAUCACCAGACAGGCCACAGUGAAACCCAUGUCGUUUCUCCAUAGCUUCAUGUGCUUGCUCACGUGUGUGUACGUGCGUGUCCUUUGCUGUGAUGUGAAACUGUGACGUCACCCAGUCUAAGUGAACGGCCACGGGGCCACCGUUUAUGCAAUGUUCAGCGUGUCACUGCUUGUGAAACUCGAUAACUCUUUAUUUUACUACAAUGCCUCAAGAGUCCUCGGGAGCCCUGUGGGACUUGCAAAGGUUUUAUUUUUUCGGUCUUAGAACCUAUGAGAAUUGGAGGGACCGAGUCCAGCCCAGCCCAGCCCAGCAGCCGCGGCCCUGGCUUGCGUUUGCCUUAGUGGAUAUGUCUAUACAGAUGAAUAUAAAUUCCCUUUACUUUUGGCUGUUUGCAUUUUAUUUUUGGUUCCCCCCCCCAGCAACUCCCUCACCCCCGAAAAGAAAAAAAAAAGGCUACUUCUUCAUUCGGUGGUACGAUUAUUUUUUUUAACUAAAAUGAGAUAAAAUUCUA